UAUGAAGCUAACGAAAGGUACACUAACACCAACAGUGGUUUUCGGUUUUAAAGGCAACACUCUGUUAUUAUUAGUUUGCUAAACCUGUCGUUUGCUACCACAGCGAGGCUCAAGGCCCGAUAGAACAAAAUACAUCAGUUGUUGUUAGCAUCACGUGGUCCGAUGUCUUGAAGUUUCCAACAACGGAUCAUCAAAAACCAUGGAGUAUGAGAUAAAUGAAUUAUCCUACCAUGUUGAUGCAAGUCACAGACAGACCUGCAGUGACCUUGAGAAGGCCAGCCAUUUCAUCACAGACGCUUUGCAGAGCGAGGUCCGAAGGAACACGGGCCUGUGCAUGUUAAUCCACCGUCUGGAGGAGAGGGCGGCUGAGAAUGGAAGGAGCCUAUCAGAGCAGGUGGAGUCAAACCGGCAGCUGAAGCUCCAGGUGGAUGAAUUACAGAAACAACUGGAGGAUAAGGACAACUCACUAACACAAGCCAAACAGAGUAUUGCUGCCCUGAAACAUGACGUGAGAGACCUGCAACAACAGCUGCAUAAUCGCCAGAAUAGUCAAAGGACGAUUCAGGAAGUGGCUGAGUGGCUACAGCAGGAUGGGGAGAGCCAACCCAAUGAUGUGAAAGCGGAGGGCAAUUCCCAGCAAGAUGCUGGAAUUAAGGAAGAAGGUGCUGAUGAUGGAUAUCCAUGUGACCAAUCAGAUGACACUGAGAUCUCUGUGGAACAGACCGCCUCCUCGUCUGCAGACAUUAAAUCUGAACGGCUGCAGGAAGCAGAGGACGGAUCAGACAUGGCUCCAAACGUCAACUCUGUGAUGUGCCAGUCCUCUCCAGAUGCAGUCAGGGCAUCGACGUCAUCAGCCCACGAGGCCAACAGCUGUGCAGAACAAGCUCCACUAGAAACGGACUGGACCAAUGACGAUGGAGAAAACCCCAAUACAACAAGUGUUCAUGAAAGCGCCACAGUAAACACGUCAAUGUCCAGAAGUGAUGCUCAGCAGCAGCAGAUGUCAACACAGAAGCAGCUGACAAUGAGAGUUGUUUCUUGUGACGGGGACACACGCAAAAUGACAAUGGUUCCCCUUCCAAACACGGUGGAUGAGUUGGUGAACUGGCUGAAAAAAGCAAUGGACCUCGAUUACAACUUCGUCUUGCAAUACGAAGACCCCGAUUUCGACCUUGCACUCAAUCACCUCUCAUACAUCUCCGAACUCCCUGAGAAGCCCACCAUCCGAAUUAUUCCUCUCCUUGACCUCGUCCCCGUGCCUCUAAGCAAAGGGCGCAGCGACCUGAAUGAAGGCGUCACAGUCAACGGGUCAACAUCGAGAGGUGAUGCUCAGCAGCAAGAGAUGUCAACACAGAAGCAGCUGACAAUGAGAGUUAUUUCCUGUGACGGGGACGCACGAAAAAUGACAAUGGCUCCCUUUCCAAACACAGUGGAUGACUUGGUGAACUGGCUGAAAAAAGCAAUGCGCCUCGAUUACAACUUGAGAUUGCAGUACGAAGACCCCGACUUUGACAGUGCACUUGUUAAUGUCUCAAACAUCUCCCAGCUCCCUGAGAUGCCCACAAUCCGAAUUAUUCCUCUUGUUGACCUCGUCCCAAAGCCGCUAAGGAAAGGACGCUGUGAGCUGAAUAAGGGCAUCACAGUAAACGCAUCAACAUCCAGAGGUGAUGCUCAGCAGCAAGAGAUUUCUACACAGAAUCAGCUGACAAUGAGAGUAGUUUCUUGUAACGGGGAUACACGAAGAAUGACAAUGACUCCGGUUCCAAACACGGUGGAUGACUUGGUGAACUGGCUGAAACAAGCAAUGGACCUCGAUUACAACUUCGUCUUGCAGUACGAAGACCCCGAUUUCGACGGCGCACUCACCCACCUCUCACACAUCUCCGAACUCCCCGCGAAGCCCACCGUCCGAAUUAUUCCUCUCCUUGACCUCGUCCCAGUGCCGCUAAGCGAGCUUCACCACGAGCUCCUGGGGGGCAGUUCACCUGACACAGUCUCAGAGGACAACCACGUCCUGCCCGCCUUCUCGUCGUCGUCUCUGCAGGGCGGUCAGAAGAAGCCGUGGCCCGAGGUGUUCUGCAUCCCACAGUUUUCUGCCAACGUGGAGUACAGACUACGCCAAGGCAACCAGAUGUACUUGCGCGACGGCAAGUUCCUGUUUCCCACCAAGGAGCUGAAGCACUGCAUCCUGGAGACGUUGGCAGAGGAGAUCUACAGCUACAAGGCCUACCCGAACCAGUGGGAUAUCGACAUCGUGGCCAAAGCCUUGGUGGAGAAGCACCCAUGCCUCAGAGAGCCGAGCGGGGGGUCCGGCCGGCAGGGCUGGAUCUACAGCCUGAAGUUUAAAAUGGGGAAUUACCGCACGAAGCUGCGGCAGCUGGGCCGCGCCGACGUCGUGGUCAACAGCGGCAAGCGUGGACGACGAAACAACGCCGACGGCGAGUUUCCCGCGCGGAACAUAAAGAAGCCGCGAAAGGGGGAGCUGAAUUACCUACCGCAGUUUCCUGAUGGGAUGGACGCCGCAGGGCUCGAGGUUCUUCGAGACGCCAUGGUCAAGGAAGUGCGGAAGAAAAGCCAAGACGGCACUUUUAUGAAAAGGAACAUGCACGUCACGUUUGCCCUGCGAAGAGAGGAGAUUGUGAAGAGCAUCCCUGAUGUCGGUCAGAUAAUGCAACGCUGGCCGGCACUUUUCACAGAGAGCCAGGUGUGCUUGGAAUUUAACAGGAUUGUUGAUAGGAAUCUCAAAGAGGAGUUCUUUGGUGCUCUUGAUGGGUUGUCUACCAACUUCCUGAAGAUCUUGAGGAAGAAACCGGGUCGCACAGGUCAACAGUUAGCUGACCUCCUGGACCAGACAACGAUCAUGGAUCCAGUAGCCAUCAGAUGUCUUGUGCUGAGGGGACUCCCUAUUAUCCUUGGGGAUGAUGCUUCCAUGUUCUUCAAGAGCAGCUCAGAAGACUUUUCCGACGUCCCUCUGGGGCUUCUCUGCUAUGAGGAUGACUGCAUCGGAAGCCGCCCAUCCUCAUCCUCGUCCUUAUCUUCAUCCUCCUCCUCCUCAUCCUCGACGUUGCCGCAGCUGAACCCGUCCAGAGUGGGCAUCAUCCAGGGUGGCCGUCUCCUCAUGGACGCCCUGCCAAACCUGCCCCACGCCAUGUGCCUCCUCUUCGGCUUCACCUACGCGUUACACCUGCAGUACCCCAAGUGCUUCAAAAACACCCUCACCUUCAUCCAGCAGGUGAUGCUGAAGCUAGGUCGAGGUCAGCUGCCCAUCAAGAUGCUGAGGCUGAAGGGUGACCUUGCCAUGCAAUAGCGGUGUCAACAAUAAUCGAUUCAGCAAUGCAUCGCAAUGUGGGGCAGGACAAUUCAAUAAUCGAUUCGGCAAGUGCCAUAAUCGAUGCAGCAUAUUUUUCCAAUUUCCAGGAUGGGCAUAUCCUGAGCAAAUGAACUUUAAUAUUAGAUUAAAGCACUUCAAAGCAUUGAAAGCUGCAGGACUGAUACAGAGAACAGCCAAUACAAUGUUGUUCAGUGUCUGACUGGUUGUAUUGCCUCAUAACUCAUGAAAAAAAUUGUCCUUGCUUUCAAUAGAAAUUGCAAUGCAUCGCAGAAUCCGAUUGAAUCGAUUUGAAUUGAAUCGUUACCUCCCAAAUCGUAAUCGAAUUGAAUCGUAAGGAAUGCUCCAAUGCACACCACUGCCAUGUAAUGCCUCUUUUCCACUGCUGGUUUUCUGCUAGUCCUUACAGCUCGACACAGCGCGACUCUGCCGCCACUUUUUGCUUCACGAUUGAGCUGUGUCGCGCCUAUUCGAAAAGCAAAAAGGGUCGGACGAGUUGUGCUUUGUCGAGCUGUAGGCCUACCAGAAAACCGGCAAUGGAAAAGAGGCAUAAGAGGCCGUCGAGUAGUGUUUCUCAGCAGGGGGCCCUAGGGGUGCUUUUGAUGAGAUCCAGGGGGUGUUAAUUAAAAAAAGGUUGAGUAUCACUGCCGGUAGAGAAUAAGACCAUGGCAAUCCUGGUGGGCAUUUUGUGAAGGUAGAUUCAGUUGAAGGAGAGGAUUGUGCACAUCCCAGGGAAAGGUGCAGGACGAAGGCCAACUGUUGUUUUCAGAGUGAGAAGUCCGCACACUUAGAAUCCUUUUUGUUGUAUUUUAAAAUGGCCUGAAAUGGCCAUGAAAUAAUAAAAACCAGCAAAAAGGAUUCUAAGUGUACAGACUUCUCACUCUGAAAACUAUUUUGUGAAGGUAGACCUGUGCAAUGUAAAUGAACGGAGAAGGGGCUCAUCCACCUCUGUCUAAACAAAUGGCUUAUUUCCGUGAACACCAUAGAAGUAGAAUAUUUUAGAUAUGUGAAUAGAAAUCUACCUUCCCAAUUGGAACUGAUUUUUGUAAAUGUAUUUGAUCAAGUCUUAUGACUUAAGUAUAAUUUUAGCCUGACAUUUCAAAUCUUGUCAUUGAUUGAUUAAUGUGUCACUUCAUAUUUAUACAUUUCUUAGCCAUUUGUUGA